AUGGAGGAGGUUAAGAUAGAAAAUGAGUUAAACCUCUGUGGGAUGAUUACGGACAAUCUGGGUAAACAGUUGGAGAAGAUCAACUCCAAAGCCUCAGAUAUACUUAUCUUCAGUCUUCAGUGGAGAGAUUUAGAAGAUCACCUGAAAUCAGCGAGAGGGAAAGUGGAGAAGAGGUUCAGGGAAAUGAAGGCGAAGGAGGUGGAGUUGGAAAGGAAAAGCUUUGCACUUGAAGAAAGGGCUAAAGUGGUUGAAGCAGCGGAAGCUCAGGUUUGUGAUUUGGAGAUGAAAGCUGAUGGCUUUAAGAGGCAAAUCGAAGAGAAAGGAGAGGAAUUGGGGUUUCUAAGGAAAUCGGUGGAAGAGUAUACGGCUGAGCAAAGGUCAAAGUCGAGUCAAAUUGCUGAGUUGGUGGAAUCGUUGAGAAAGACUCAGCUUGAGCUUUAUCUGAAAGCGGAACAGUUGGCUAAGGUGGAGUCUGCUCUUGAGAGACAUCGUGUUGAGGCCAGCGGAGAGAAGGAGAGUUUGGACGAGGAGAUUGAGAGGAAGACGAAAGUUCUCUCUUUGAUUCUUGACAAAACUACGGAAUGUUCGAAGCUGCUCGAGGCACGUUCCUCGGAGCUGAUGAAGACUCAGGGUGACCUGAAACUGAAAGGGGAAGCGUUGGGACAGAUCAAGAUCGAUCUUGAGAGGCAUCAGGAUGUGCUUAGCGCAGUGUUGGAGAAUGUUGAGAGGAGUCAAACUCGCAGGAGAGAAGUGGACGAGGAAAUUGAGAGGAAGAAGAAGGAUCUUACAGUGGUUUUUGAUAAGAUUGUGGAAUGUGAGAAGCUGCUUAAGACACGAUCCUCAGAGCUAAUAAAGACUCAAGGUGAUCUGGACUUGAAAGGGGAGCAGUUGGCACAGAUCAAGAUUGAUCUUGAGAGGCAUCAAGGUGAGAUGGAGAAUCUUGAUUGGAGUCAAACUCGCUGGAAAGAAGUGGACGAGGAAACAGAGAGAAAGAAGAAAGAUCUCACUGUGGUGCUUGAUAAGAUUGUGGAAUGUGAGAAGCAGCUUGAAUUGAUGGAAAAGCGACAAGAUUCUGAGCAGAAGCUGCUUAAGAGGCUGUCCUCGGAACUUGUUUCUAAAGAGAAAGAGUUGCAAGAGAUGACUCUGGACCUUGACUUGAAGAGAGAUAUAGUCAUAUCACUAAAUAGCGACUUGAAGGAGAUUAGUCAACAGAUGGAAUCGAAAGCUGAGGAGUUGGAGAACGUUGAAAGGCAGAUUCAGGAACGCAGUGCCUAUUGUGAUUCAGUCAAGUCGUUGAUUGAGGAACACGAUGAAGAACUUGCUUCUAAAGAGAAGGAACAGAAUGAGAUGACGGAGGCUAUUCGGAAGUUAGCCUUGGAGAUUGUCUCUGAAGAGAAGACAUUGGAAAGAGCUGAAGUUUUCGUCGAGAAUCUCUCUAGGAAAAUAGAAACAGAAGAGGAGAGACUAGAAAGAUGCGUUGCAGAGUAUGAUUCAAAGAGAAAGAAACUUCGCUCCAUGAAUGACACAAUUAGAGAGACAGAGAAAGAGUUAAAGUCAUUACUGUCUCGCAUCACAGAAAGAAAGAAACAAGUUGAGGAAAGUGAGAUGAAGAUGCAAGAGAAACUUGUCAGAGAAGUCCAGGUGAAAGAAGAUGAGGUUUUUUCAAUCAACAAGUCGAUCAUGGAAUGCACAGGUGAACUGGAAUCUAAGAGGAAACAGCUUGUUCAGGUUCAGAGCUCAAUUACUGACCUUACUGCUGAGCUCAAAUCAAAAGAAACUGAUCUUAACUCUGUCAAGAAAAAGAUCCAAGACAGCUUGAAAGACUUCCAGUCGCAGCAAGCCAGAUUGAAAGCAUCACUGAUGGAACGUGAGCAACAACUUGGACAGAAAGAGAAGGAGCUUAAUGCUCGGGAGAAAAGGAUUGACAAAAAAGAUCAGCAAUUGAAAUCCGCUGAACAGAAGGUGGCUGAAUGUGUUAAGGAUUGUGAGCUGAAAGCAAAGAAACUGGCCAGCUUUUGUCAACAAAGCAACCCGGAUCAACUUGUUGACUUGGAACGAGACGGUAGUGUAUGUGACGAGAAAACAUUGCAGUUAAUCUUACAUGGGCAUUUAAAGAAAUGCCCUCAGAUUCACCUCGAUGUUUCACGUGCUCUCAAAGCAUCUUCUGACCCGGCAAAGCUUGUGUUAGACACAAUACAAGAGCUUUUCUCCUCUCAACAAAGGACAACAGCAACAAAUCUUGAUCCAAAUAGUGUUAGAAGGAAUAUCAUCUGCCUGCUGGAAUGCUUAAUGGAUAUGUCUUCAAAACCCAAGACUGAAGUACAAGGAGAAGCUAUCAAAUUUGCCACUGAAUGGAAGAACACAACUCUGGUUGAUGCAGUGAAUCCAGUGGAGGUGUUGGGUUUUCUGCACUUUCUAGCUGCGCUCAGUUUGGCAUACAGUUUUGACGCUGACAAAGUCCAGAAUCUUUUUGAUGUCGUCUUUCUCCGCAAAUAUGCUCCGAGUCUAUGCGAAGCUCUUGGAGUAUCAGCUCUAGCACCUGUCAACAGUGUCCUAUCAUUAGAUGAUAAGCCUGAACAUCAGCCCCCUGAAGCACCACUUAACAAUGGUGGAGAUUCUCGCUCCCCGGAUGUGCAAGAAAACAUAGCAUCAACGCAUUUGGCUAAUGAAGGUGCUCUUAAGGACCAUGAGGGCUCCUCUGCUUCGUUUUCAGCGAAUGAAGUCUCUGCGAGUCUUUCAUUGUUUCAAAAUUCAGGCAGGGUUGUUCUAGAUUAUGUCGAGGAUGAACUCAAGGGUGCUGAUCAGAGAGGGGAGUUGCGUUUAGCAGAGCCUAUAGUCAAGGUUUUGGUUCCUCUUUUGGAGGCGCUGACACGUGUUGAAAGUCGAUCUAUCGACCCUGAUUUACAUUCAGAUGCAACAAAAGUGGCACAUCGAUGGAGCCAGGCGAUGAGAACUAGUACUAGUACUAUAUCACCGUUCGAGGCUUGGGGUUUUCUGCAAUUCAUUGUGGCGUAUGGAUUGGUGAAACAAACCAGUAAAGAUGAAAUUUUACUAUUUGUCUCGCAUGUUGCCCAUUUCAAACAGGCUCCAAAGUUCUUUCAAUCUCUUGAUCUCAGCUACGCCAUCCCAAAUUUCGUUGAUGAGCUCAUAAACGGACGCCAUUAUCUUCUGGCAAUCCCAUUUAUAUUUUCCUUCAACCUGAGCCUCAAGUAUUCUCCCCUGGAGCUCUUAAAGAAAGAGAUCGUCAAUCUUAGACGCUCUGCCAAGGAAAAGACACAGGCCAAAGACAGAGAUGCUGCUAAAAUGAGAAGCAUAAUCGAACUCAUUGAAGACUUCAAGCUGGAAAUCGAGCUUCCUGUUGAUCUUGUCCUCAAAUUCAUGAUUCCACGGGAAAUUCAGAAUCAGAACCAACGUGUUGUCUCAUCAGCUGUCCCAACUCAACCACCGCAGAUACUUCCAGGGUUUCAUAUCCAGGCUUCACAGACAGUCAUUCACAGCUCGUACAUUGCCACUACUCAUGGCUCAAACCCGAGCCAUCCAACAAGCCUUGGUGCGUCACCAAAUCCACAGGUUAUAGACUUGGGAACAUAUCAAGCUGGUGGUUCAACUGCGUUCCAAGGUCGAUCUUCGCACUGCGCUGGUGUUAAACGUCCAAGGGUGGAUCCUCAGGGUCCUAGAGGGGCGAUUAGACCUUGCUACAAUCCACCAUCUGGCUAUGGCAGAUUCUAG